UACACCUGCGUCUACACGGCAUCCGCAUCAAGAACAUUAUCACCUCCUCGGACCUAGGCAUAAUAUGUCUCCAGACAGGCUAAAUAUGACAACCUUCGUUCCGCGCACCGUCUUCCCGACGCUCGAGUCGCUCCCACGCUCGUACUACCUCGGACAUCAUGCCGCCGGACUCGCGAAGAUGAAGACAAUGCUCUCACAGAUCGACCACAUCAUCGAGUGCCGCGACUAUCGCAUCCCCCUCACGUCGCGCAAUCCGAUGUUCGAGGACAGUUUGGCGGGGCGGGAGCGCAUGAUCGUGUACACGAAGAAAGAUCUAGGGAGUACAGGCACACCCGAAGACAAGAAAAGACAUGAUUUGAUUCGUGAAUGGCAUCGUCCUUCGAAAAUCAUCUUCUCCAAUCACAAAGAUCGUAAAGAUGUGCGUGUUAUUCUGGAUGCGAUCAAAGAUGCGAAUCGCAAUCGCGGGAGCUUGACGGGCUCGUACUUGAUGGUCGUGGGUAUGCCGAAUGUGGGAAAGUCCUCGCUACUCAAUGCACUGCGCCGAGAGGGCGUGAACAAGGGCAAAGUUGCGCAUACUGGCGCCCAGCCUGGAGUCACGAGAAAGAUAGGGACAGGCGUCAAGAUCGUGGAGGCGGACGAAACAGGUGUAGGCGGCGUGUACAUGCUCGAUACACCUGGUGUUUUCAUGCCAUACGUGCCCGACUCCGAUGCUAUGCUGAAGUUGGCGCUUUGUGGAAGCGUGAAAGAUACAGUAGUCCCUCCGUUCAACCUGGCCGACUAUCUUCUUUAUCACGUUAAUCUGCAUGACCCAACAGUGUACAAAGAGUACUCAGAGCCUACCAACGAUGCCAUGCAGCUGCUCGAUGCAAUGGCAAGGAAGACUGGCAGGUUGAUGAAGGGAGGAGAGCCGGAUCUGGAGAGCACGGCCCUCUGGAUGAUUCAGCGAUGGAGGAAUGGUCACCUGGGAACGUUCACGCUCGAUGAAGUUUCCGAAAGUGCACUGGAGCAGUACAAGAUGAAGAUGCCGUCGAGCAGUCUCAGCCAAGCACGAAAAGCGGGCAAGCGAGCUGCAAGUGAAAGGGCGAAAGCAAGACGAGCCGGCAAUGCAGACUGAAGCUUGCGAGGAUACCAUUCACCAUACAGGAAUGACGGGCUAAAGCAUGGGAAUUGAGCCAGUGUGCCGCAGCUGCUCCGUCAGCUGAGCCGACCGGAUUCCAGCAAGUCUUAUUACCUUGAAGUUGGGAACGCCUGUCAGAGGAAAGAUAUCAGCAAUCACAUCCGCCCUCCUCUGCUCUGCUCUGCUCGACUCACAUUCAUCGCGGCUGUCUCGGCAGGUCUGAUGAUAUCGCCUUCA